AUGCUUAUGUUUGUUUCUGGCGAAACGCUGAAAGACAAAGCCACGACUGAUGGAGUCACCGCGGUUUAUAAAGUUAACUUGCACUGUCGGCAAUGCGCCUGCGAGAUAAAGAAGCCUCUUAUCAGGACUCAAGGAGUUCAUAGCGUGGACGUUGAGAUAGAAAAAGGUGAAAUUAAAGUUAAAGGCGUGAUUGAUGUGAUAAAAAUCCACAAGCUGAUAGAAAAACUGAGUAAGAAAAAAGUGGAGUUAGUGUCACCUCAGAUCAAGGAGAAACCUGCUGCAACACAGACCAAAGUAAAGGAAACCCAAGAGCCAAUUUUAAGCACAACACUAGUGAAGGUGCAUCUGCACUGUCACAAGUGUGAACAAGACCUACGAAAGAAGUUGUUGAAGCACAAAGGUAUUUACAGUGUUAAGACAGAUAUGAAAGCACAAACUCUAACAGUACAAGGAACUAUCAAGUCCGAUGAUUUGUUAUCAUACAUUAGGAAAAAUGUGCAUAAACAUGCGGAGAUUGUAAGCUCAAAAACAGAGGCAAAGGAAGAAAAGAAGGAAGCGAAAAAGGAUGACGUGAAAGAUGGUGCCAAAUCCAGCGAAAAAAUUCAAGUUACCGAAUUCAAGCAACAAGAAAAAGUAGAGGCCAAAAGUAAAGAGGGCAACGCUCCAUAUUUUGUUCAUUAUGUUUACGCUCCCCAAUUGUUUAGUGAUGAAAAUCCAAACGCAUGUUCUGUUUUAUAGACGAAUAAAUCACCAUGUUUAUAUUUA